AUGGCACCAUCAAAUCAAAUGGCGAUUGAAAAGCUAUCCGAAGAUUUGCUCAUGGAGAUUCUCUGGAGGCUUCCGGUGAAAUCCCUGCUUCAACUCAAGUCAGUCUGCAAAAACUGGUAUGCUCUCAUCCAAAGCCCUAACUUUAUUUACCUCCACCACGAUCGCGCUGCCUCUAUCGCAGCCGCUGCAAACACCCACUGCCUCCUCGUCAAGCGAUUCCUCAACGGCGGCGAGGGCGGCGUCACCUUGUCCUUUGUCCCCAAUGAAACCCCAGUUGAGGAUAUGGACAUUUCUUCCACUGGUCUUGAUGUUAAAGAUCUACAAAUCUUGGGUCCUUGUAACGGCGUCGUUUGUCUCACCCGAUUCGGUUCAAGUCCCCCCAUUGUGCUAUGCAACCCUUCAAUGAAAGAAUUUAGGGUACUUCCUGAAUCCUCUUAUAAAAAAGACCAUAUGUGCAAUUUGGGAUUCGGGUUUGUUCCCUAUACAAAUGAUUAUAAAGUGGUCAGAUUCGGCAUGAAGAGUACAGACUUAGGCAUUGGGGGCAUUGAUGAAGCGAUUGAAAUAUAUGACUUGAGUACAGAUUCUUGGAGGGAAGUUGAUGCAGAGUCACCUGUCGAGUUCGGUUUCCAAUGUUUUUAUGAUUCGUAUGUAGUGUGGAAUGGAGAUUUUUUCUGGCACACCUACCAUCAACGUGAUGGUAGUCCAGCGAUUAUGGCAUUUAGUAUGUCCAAUGAGGUGUUCGAAGAGAUGCCCAUGCCAGAAGUUUGCUUGUUAGACCAGUACAGUGAACAGAAACUUUUCGUUUUGAAAAAUUCUCUUGCCAUGGUUGUUUAUCCAAAGUGGUGGUCAAAUCCAUUUAUGCUUCCACCUGAGGAAUUUCCGUUGAAGAAAUCCUUUGACAUAUGGGUAAUGAAUGAAGAGGAUAUUGAGGUGUCGUGGACUAAAAAGUUCACUAUCGGACCCUUCCAGGGAAUUGAUUGGGCAUUGGGGUUUCGGCAAAAUGGUGAGUUCCUUGUGGAGAGCGGCUAUGGACAGAUGAUGUCGUACAACCUUAAUACUAGUGAAAGGAAAGAGUAUCAGGUCCAUGAUCAAGUCGAAGAUCACGAACAUGAUUUGCCUCCACCCCCAUAUGUACAAGUUCUUCCAUAUACAGAGACCUUGGUUUCGGUCAAGAGACUCUAG